GUCUCAACUUGUUCUUCUCCUCCCUUCCCUUCUUCUCUUUUCUCGUCUUCCACCUUCAUCUCAAUCUCAAUCUCAAUCUCGCCGUCCCCUUCCAACUCCAACUCGCCUUGCUGACUUGUUUUCUUCUUCUUCUUCUUCCUCUUCUUUUCAUUCUGCUUUAGUUUUUGUUUGGUUCUACUCCUACUCCUACUCGUCGUCUCCCUCUUUGCCCUUUUGUCACCCACUGUUUCACCUCAAUUCUCGUGCUGUUAAGGGAUGGGCGGCACCGGCAGGGUCGUCCUCAACGGCCGCCGGAGGGACGACGACGAUGAUGACGACGAGUAUGUGGCUGACGACGACGAGGAGGAGGAAGAGGAAGACUACGCCGCCGCCGCCGCCACCGCAUCCGAUGACGAGGAAGAGGACGAGGAUGAAGCGGACCCGCCAGAGGACGAAUCUGACGCGGAUUUCGUCGGGGACGAAGAGGAGGACCUCGAGGACGAAGACGAUUUGGAGCUCGAGACGACGCCGCGCCCCAAGCGGCCCCCGAAGGUAAACCGCAAGAGGAAGCCGCCGGGAUCUCGACGUCGGAAGCGGGAGGUCGACGACGACGACGACUACGAGGAGGAGGAGGACCACGAUUUCGAUCCGGAUGUCGACGAAGAAGAAGAGGAGGAGGAGGAAGAGGAGACAGAUGAAGAUGAAGAGGAGGAGGAAUUUGAAGAAGAUGACGUCGAUUCGGAUGAUUUUGCCCCGAUUCGCGCCAGAAAGACCACAAAGAACCACGUGGCGAAGCGGAAGCCAGCAGCAGGACGAAAGAAGAAGAAGAAGAGGAAAGGUUCUAGGGUUUCCAAGCCAAAGGCUAAGAAGGCCACCACAGCUCGCCGCCGGAGGAAGCGAUGGGCGGCCGAUGACUACGAAGACGAUGAAGAGGACGAUGCCGAUUUUAUUGUCGACGACGAUCAGGAAGAGGAGGAGAUUCACCGGCCAAAGAAGAAGGCCAAGGCUGCUAAGAAGACCAGGGAUGUCACGCCGGAGCCGGAUGUUGAGGCAAGCACAUGGCCGGCGGUCGAAUCAGAUACAUCAGACUUUGAAUUUGUGACAUCUGAUGAAGAAGCUGCAGACAAGGAAGCGCCAGCCGCUGAACCAGCAAAAAUCAAGGGCAAGAAGGGCAGGAAGAGGUGGGGAUCUGGGUCGGAGUCAUCCUCGGAUUCUGAUUAUGUCAUAUCAGAGCAGGAACUCAAGGAUCUGGAAGUCUCUAUGCCUCCAGAGUCAGUUCUGCAGUCACCUACAACCCCGCCACGGCGCACCUUUCUUGCAAGGAGAGUGGGGGAGAAGGGGAAGGAGCCUGAAGAGGCUUGGAAACAGACAUGUGGGAUUUGCCUCUCGGAAGAACAGAAAGCUACAAUACAGGGUGUGCUUAAUUGCUGCGCACAUUACUUCUGCUUCGCCUGCAUCAUGGAGUGGUCAAAGGUGGAGUCAAGGUGCCCAUUGUGCAAACGGCGAUUCACAACAAUAACCAAGUCAUCAAUGGCAGAUCUAGGGCUCGGAUCAAGGAAGGCUGUCAUUAGGGUAGAAAAACGUGAUCAGGUGUAUCAGCCCACUGAGGAAGAAAUGCGGCGUUGGUUGGAUCCAUAUGAAAAUGUUGUAUGCAUAGAGUGCAAUCGUGGUGGUGAUGACAACCUCAUGCUACUAUGUGAUAUUUGUGAUUCAUCCGCACAUACCUAUUGUGUUGGUCUAGGAAGAGAAGUACCAGAAGGAAACUGGUACUGUGGAGGAUGUCGAUCUGGUGGGGAGGGCCCCUCUAAUGCUCAAACACAGGAUAGGGUGGUUCACUGCAGAGAAAAUAAUACAAACCCUGCCAACAGCAGUUCUGUAUCAUUUGGGUUAGCCACACCAAGUGGAGUGUUCCAGAGACCACCGCCAAUCAACACUCAACCUUCUCUACAAGGAUUCGAUCUAAACCUCUCACCAAGAGAAACCCCUGAUGAAGAUAAGCGAGAAGAAUCUCUUGUUUCAGCAGAUGCUGUAUCAACUCCUACUGGAAGGCAUGCCACUCUCGAUAGAAGGCGUGCCUUUAACAGGCGUAUUCGCAUCCUUCUAUUUAGACCAAGGAUCGCAACUAAUGGGUGGCAAAAUCCCAUUCAGCAUGACAGGACAAUACCCGAGAAUGAACAAAGUUCACAGAGCACAUGCGCUCCAAACGAAGUGAACCCAUCAUGUUCCAGGGAUGGUUCUAUGCAGAACCAGCAGAGUAGUUCAUCUUUUGUUCAGCCAGCGAGGGGUCUUAUUGAACGCACCUAUGGGGGUGGAAGCAAUUUCCAACAAACAGAAGGUGCUAAGGAACAACUGAUUCCUAUUGUCAAGAGGAACCUCAAACUAAUCUGUGCUCAGUCCCCAUUGGAUCAAUCUGAUUUCAAGAAUGUUGCACGGAGAGCAACACACACUAUCUUAGCAUUGUCUGGGAUCGCACACAACGAGGAUUUUGUUGUCAAUACGCCUCAUCCUCUUCCUAGCCAUUGUAACCAUGCCUGUGAUGGUCAGGAACCAGCAUUUCUCAUGAGAACCUGCUGCUCAUCAUGCUUCAACUCCUUUGUUGGUGGCGUCGUCGGUUACAUAGCAAAAAUGUUUACCUGAAGAUUCUGCCAUCUAUUGACUUGACAAUUUUUCUCUAUUGUUGUCAUUCUUUCGAUUAUAAACAGCUAAAAAGAUUAUACAACCACAAAACAUGUUACUCGAUGUAUGGAUAGUUUAAAUUAUAAUGCAUUCUUAACGACGCAUUCUGAGCUCAAUU